AUGGCGUCAGCACCAGUCGCGCCCAUUCGACAACCUCGGGGUCCAUCUGCCAACUCGUUCGGUGCACCAGCACCUGCACAGCCCCAACAACCCAACAAUGGUCCCCCUGCUCCAGACAGCGAGUCUCUACUGAGGAGGCAUAAUACCGUGUCUACAACAAGGCAUCAACCUUCAUCGUCCAUAUCCACCAACCCAGCUGCCUCUUCGGCGUUUCACGGUUCAAGGAUGAAAUCAGGUGUGAACAGGUUCCGAAGUGGUAGUCUGUCUUCUGGCACUUCUGAAGGUGGAUUGAUGAGGAAAGGCAGUGGAAGGGAGGUCAGAACGGAAGAUGUCGUACCGGAGGGUGAAGCAGAAGAGGGUUCAAGUGGUAUGGAGACGUCUAAUUGGGGUAAAGGUUUAAGCAGGCAAAGUUCGUUGCCCUCAAGACGAGCUGCCAACCCGACACUGGGUCGACAAAAUGAGGUUCCUCCUGAACUGCCCAAACCGACUAUGACUAGCAUGGCUCCUCCCCCUCGUCCACCAAGAAGAAUCUCCGUCGCCACUCAGGAUCCCGCUUCUCCCCCUACAGCUCAACCCCCUUCGUCUCAUGCUCCCUCUCACUCGUUAUCCUCACUUGCCAUGUUCAACAGGGUAUCUCUGCCCCCUGCUCAAGUGGAAGAAGAGAGACCCUCGGUCGGAGCGAACGUCUCUCGCACACAAAGUCUACGAGCUCAAGCAAAGCACUCGGAGAACGGAGGUCUGGGAAGAAGUACCAGUCUGAAGGGUGUUGGCGAGCACCACCGCCCCAUCAUCCAAGCGCUUUCUCCACCAUCACAGACUACGACCCCUCGCAACCCUUUCACACCUCCGACGCCGCCUCCCGUUUCUUCAACAGCUGCUUUACCUCCAUUUCAACUCCCCAUUCCGGACUCUCAUAAUUUGCAAGUUGACAACAACAACCACCCCGGAGCAGAUCUCAAACGUCAUCAAAGCUUGACUCAAGGGUACGGCUCGUCCAAUCGAGUCCGUGAGCGAUUGGAACGAAGUCCUGCUGUGUUAACAUUGGAACAAAAGGAGGAGAUCAAGAAGCGAAUGGCAUUGUCCAAGUCAAGUGAUAAUGAACAUCCACCUAUCAGUCCUAUCGUACCCAGUGUCUGGUCUCCUGGUAUCCCUACUGGUCAAGAUGACGGAUGGAACCGAGCAGCUUCUCAACAACUUCAAGAUGCGUUCGACGCGAUGAACCUAGGCAGAAAGAUGAUGGGAGUAGAAGGCAGUGGAGGGUUCCAGCAACCAGAAAGGAAAUUGACGCUCGAAACAGAUGUCCUCAGACAUCCUCAACCUGCUACCGCUGGUGCUUCAUGGCGUCCAAGCGAUGAGCCAAGCUGGGUCACUAGUCUGGUCGGAGCUGAUCAUACCCCUUUGGUCGCACCUCGAUCCGCUGGACCUGGUACUGCUUCAUGGCAAGAGAGGGAACAUGCUUUGAGACAACAAAGCUAUACCCCUCAACCUCAACAGCAGUUCCAAAGAGGUGGAUGGCCUCAAGAUCAGAAUCAGUUCAUGCAACAAGCGAAUUUCGGUUAUCUCCAGCAACAACAUCUGCUGGCGAUGAAGGGAAUGCAGUCUUUCCCACAGCCCCCUUAUCUCGGCGCUCCGUUCAGCCCUGCGUAUCCAUCGCCUCCUAAUACUGCUAUGAUGCAGAACCAAGCGAUGAGCAAUCAAGAUAGAGAUGUCAUCGAGCUGGCUAGGCAAAAGGGAUUGAAUCCGGCCACGUACAACUGUCGACCUGCCGCUGCAAGAUUCUUCGUCAUCAAAUCGUAUACCGAAGAUGACGUUCAAAAAUCGCUCAAGCAUGAAAUCUGGUCUUCGACAGUUUUAGGGAAUAAGCGAUUGGAUAACGCCUUCCGAGAAUCGCAUGAAACAGGACCAAUUUACCUGUUCUUCUCCGUCAAUGGGUCUAGACAUUUCUGUGGUGUUGCACAGAUGUUGACUCCUGUCGAUGAAACCACCAAUUCGACUGUAUGGGCUCAAGACAAGUGGAAAGGUAUUUUCAAGGUUAAAUGGAUCUUUGUUCGGGAUGUCCCUUCGCAAGCCCUUCGUCACAUACGUCUUACCAAUACUCCCGAGAAGAAGCCUAUAACCAAUUCGCGUGAUACCCAAGAACUGCCUUACGAGGCUGGAUGCGAAGUACUCCAAAUCUUCUUGGACCACCAAUCCAAGUCCAAGACCAGUCUGCUUCAGGACUUCGCUUAUUACGAGCGACUCUCUGCAAAUCGGUCUCUUCAAGGACAAACCCCAGUUCAAAGCCCCAAUGGAGCGGGUCAACCCAUGCCAACUCCGAUGAUGCCUCCGAUGCCUCCGAUGCCCCCUAUGCCAAUGCAAAUGCCACCUCAUUCAGCUGCCCCCCCUGUUCCACCCAUCCCCGCAAGAUUCCGAUAG